AAGGGGCGGGGUUACCGUCAGGCAGUGAAAUCAAGGCAGUUUCCUCGCGGUAUGUUUGUAGUGCAGAAAGUUUCCAUCUGAAAUCUUGCGAUAUUCACAAUGACAUGACAGUUAAACCAGCCUUUAAGCUUCACUGGUACCUGUAACGUCCAGAAAAGCCCGAGCGGCUCACAUCCCUCCUCUGAUUGGACAGCAGGGAUUCAGAGUCUCCGGAUGUCAUGGCAACAGUAUCCCGCGGGUCAUGGAUGUGAGAGAUGAGUUUGACAUUGGGAUGGAACCCACAGAUGACCUCGCGUCGUUUGAGGUGGUCAACCUGUCGAACCCGGGGCUGCUCGAUCUGGGCACAGACGUCGACGGUCACGUUCAGGAGUCAAAAGACAAGACCAAACUCAAAACCAAACUCAUUUCAGCGUGGAAUAACGUCAGAUAUGGAGGCUGGUCUCUGAAGAGCAAGCCGCGUCUCAGUAAGAGCAGCCCCGUGUGUCUGCUGGGACAGUCCUAUCAGCUGAGCUACAGCGGAGAGCGGGAGAGUUUUCGGCGUGCGUUCUCCUCUCUGCUGUGGAUGACCUACAGGAGAGGUUUCCCACCGCUGGACGGCUCGGCCCUCACGUCUGACGCGGGAUGGGGCUGCAUGCUCCGCAGCGCACAGAUGCUGUUAGCUCACGGACUAAUGCUGCACACGAUGCCCGCGGGCUGGACGUGGCCUGCGACGCAUCAUCAGACCAAAGAUGACCUGGAGGUGGUGGACGCUCACAUGCUGGACGAUUACCUCAAAGAGAGACGGUGUGACUCGGGAAAACCACGCAGACGCAGUCUGGGAACCGCGCUAGACAGCGAGACUCAGGAGGAGCGGACUCACAGGAGGAUCGUGUCCUGGUUCGGCGAUCUGCCCUCCGCCCCGUUCGGCCUGCACCGGCUGGUGGAGUUCGGCAGGGCCUCUGGGAAGAGGGCGGGCGACUGGUACGGACCGGCCAUCGCGGCCCACAUACUGCAGAAGGCCGUGGCAGCGUCCGAGGUGUCCGAUCUGGAGUUAUACGUGGCACAGAACUGCACAGUGUAUGUUGGAGAUGUGUUAAACCUGUGCGGGACGUCCCGUACGGAUCUCUCAGCGUGGUGCAGGUCUGGCUGGAAGUCGCUGGUUCUGCUGGUGCCUGUGCGUUUGGGCUCUGAUAUGUUGAAUCCGGCUUAUGCUCGAUGUGUCAAGAGGUUGCUGGAGCUGCGGUGCUGCAUGGGAAUCAUCGGAGGGAAACCCAAACACUCGCUGUUUUUCGUGGGAUUCCAGGAUGAUCAGCUGAUCUAUUUGGAUCCUCAUUACUGUCAGGCUGCUGUAGACGUCCAACAAGACAACUUCCUUUUAGAGUCGUUUCACUGUAAAUCUGUCAGGAAGAUGCCGUUUAACCGCAUGGACCCGAGCUGUACGGUGGGUUUCUACGCCGGAAGCAGAGCGGAUUUCCAGGCUCUGUGCUCAGACGUCACUAAGGCUCUGACAUCAUCCGAGGAGAGGUACCCCAUCUUCACGUUUGUGGAGGGUCAUAAUGAAGAGGACAUGAGCUGUACGUCAGACUUAGUCACUCAUAUAAAGUCCAAAGACAGACCGGGUCGAAUCAAAAAGAAGAGCUGUUUGGAGGAGUUUGUGCUCUUGUGACGCACAGACUCUGUACUUCCUCCAGUCUCAGUCAUGUGAUCAAGACUGCCACACUCACUGGCAUGUCAAUGAGAGCUGGGCUAUUUUGUGUGUCCAAAACGUGGGUGAAUGAAGGUGCUUUUGCUCUUUGUUUUUGUUUUUUUACAGACUGCUGCUGUUAUUUUCUUGUUUUUCUGUAGUUGUUAUGUGUAAAGGCACCAGACAGGAGGUUGUGAAGAGUUCGCUGAACAGGUGGCUAAGCAGAUUACAUGUGUUUGGUGUGACGUUAAUGACAGCAGACAGUGAGGCUCUUGGACAGAUGAGAGGUGCAUACGUUACUCUUUGACAGGCAAACAUGGGAUUUGGCUGUUGCAAACACUGUGAUUUAGUCUCUGUUUAUGCUUUGGCUGUUUGUACUACUGUAUAAAUGGAGAGCUUUUAUUUUGAUGUUAAUGUUUCAGAGAUAAAGUAAAACGGGUCUGGCUCACAUUUCACAUCACCACUUUUUUUUUUUUUGGGAGGGGGGGAUUGUUCUGAUUCAAUUACACACAUUUCUGCCCAAAUUCUUCUGACAUAUGUUUUCAUUACCAGUACUUUUGAGGUGUUUAAUUUCCUGUAUUCUCGUUGUUCUUAGAGUUUAGAUUCUCAGAGUUUUCAUUAGUUUUUUUUUUGGUAGCAUGAAAGAUAGACAUUUUUGUAGAUUUAUACAGACCAAUUCAACUUUUCUGGUUAGGCAACAAAUCUGCUGUUAACACAAGCAACUACUGACAAUCGAUAUCAGUAUCAGUUCAAAAUUAAGUUUAUUUCUUAAUAUAACCUGAUCUUUUUAGAAAUACA